AUGCCUACUCGUGUCCCCCUCCUUUUUGGUACAAUGACAAUGGGUGAAGCUGGAAAGAAUGGUGUACGUACAGCAGACUUGAAAGAGUGUCAGGGAAUCCUCGACGUCUUCUUCGCACACGGGCACAUGGAGCUUGAUACUGCCCGAAUGUAUGCUGAAGGCACCACUGAGCCCCUUUUGACGAAGUUAGAUCUCAAGGGUGCUACUGUUGACACGAAAGUAUACCCGGUAAAACCUGGAGACCAUGCACCCACCGCCCUUCGUUCAACGUUUGAAACUUCGCUCAAAUUCCUCACUCCUCUCAAAGUGAGAGUACUGUAUCUUCAUGCACCUGACCGGAGUGUACCCUUUGAAGAUACAUGCCGAGAGAUCAACGAGUUGUACAAGCAGAGUCUUUUUCAGAUUUUCGGUUUGAGUAACUUUGCAUCUUGGGAGGUCGCAGAGGUUGUUGGCAUCUGCAAAGCAAAUGGUUGGGUCCAACCGAAGAUUUAUCAGGCAAUGUACAACGCGAUCACUCGUGACAUGGAACCGGAACUCGUUCCCUGCUGCCGCAAGUAUGGCAUUCGUAUUGUGGUUUACAAUCCACUUGCUGGAGGCUUCUUUGCGGGCAAGGUUACAGCUCCAACUGACGAGGCACCCAAGGGCGGACGUUUCGAUCCGAACAGCAAGAUGGGUGCUAUGUAUCGUCAGCGAUACCUGAAGGGUGAAUAUUUCGAGGCACUCAAGUUUCUCAAGGGCGUUGCGGAUGAACACAACUUGCGACUUACAGAAGUCGCCCUGCGGUGGUGCCAGCACCACUCGGUCUUGACGCCUGAAGAUGGCAUCAUUCUAGGAGCAAGCAGUGCUGCACAGCUGGAGCAGAAUUGUGAAGACUCAGAGAAAGGUCCAUUACCAGAAGACGUCGUGAAGGCUCUUGAUGAGGCUUGUAAGAUCGUCGGUGCCUCUGCGCCGGCCUACUGGCGGUAA